CGCACAGUGUUUUCCCUCGAUUUCAUCUUGUUGUUUGCCGCGAGGGAGCCAGCGAGCCAACUCUCUCUCCCACUCUCUGCCUUUACAUCUCCCUCCUCCCUUCCGCUCCUCUCCCUCUCCUUCCAGAUUCAUCUCGUCCGCCGCCAGCAUCGCUGCCGCUUGCCCGACGGUGGCUCGAUUCGUCGUCGGUUCUCUCAAUCCUGAUCGGAAAUCGAUCGACCGGAACCCUAGGUUUCGGAACUCUUUGGAUGUUAUUUAUCGGAAGAACAUUUUUAGCUUCUCUUAUGUUAGCUGGAUUUCCCGCUUGAGAAUUCAUUGAACCUAUUAGGUUGUGGGCUGCGUGGCGGACGAUUUGCAGUGAAGUGAUUCGGAGUUCUUUAUGGCAAAAGUGGCGCCGCCUGGUUCUUUACCUCCAAAUUCUCUGCAAAUUGGUGCUGGUCCUUUAAAUGUUGGUCCGAUGGCCAAGAGGAAGACGCCGUCUGACCUCAGGCGAGAGCAGUUGAGGAGGACAAGUCUAGCUGAGCUUAUGGGGGAAUCUAAGCUAUCUAUGCCUGGGAAAACCAACAACCCUGUUGAAAACGGGAUAAAGAAACCUGAAGUGUCCAGAAAUCCAAAGUAUAUUGAUACUCGCCUGGAUGAAGUGUACCCCGUCAAAAAGUCGAGAUUGGGGAUGCUCCCCGCGAAAGAGAAAGUACAGGAAAACAAAUCGACGGGGCAACUUAACAAUCUGAAGAAUCUUUCCACUCUUACUAAUUUGGCAGCAAAGAGACAGGAAACAUGUUUGGAGAAACCUGUAGCUCAUGCGGAUGUCUCAACAGAUUGUAGCACAAAAGCUCACCAAACAAGUGAAAAAUGUAGUCAGAGUAUAUUCCGUACUGUUGCUGAGCUUUCGACAUAUGGGAAACAGUCCUCAGGUCUUGCAGCUGUUGACAUGGAUAAGGCCUUGAAAGGAUUGGCUGCCUGUGAGCCUGCAGGCCAUUCCCGUUUAAAUACUGAUACAUCUGGGAAAUCUGGCCAAUACUCUGGCAAUUUCUGCUCAGAGUGUUGCAUACCUGGCAAGAAACCUCCUCUUGAUUUUACUUUGAAAACAAAAAUGCGACUGUUGUGUGCUUGCUCAGUGAGUGGGCUUCAUAGGUCGAUCGUGUCCAGCACAUACAAUAGCACUCCACAGUUCAUAUUUCAACAGGGUUGUGCUGUAGAUAUCAGUAGCCCAUUGCAAACCUUAACUUCCCAAUUGUGUAGCCCUAAAUCUCUGCAUUCUUGGGUUUAUCCACAGUCUACACUACCACCUGCUGUCAUUUCAGUAUUGUCUUCAUCAGCUGCUGAUGGAGAUUUUCUUAGAAAAAGGCAAAUGGCUUGGCAGGAUUCAUUUCGGAGUCUCUAUUACUUACUUCGCAAAAACAUUUGCAGCAUUUUCUAUGUUUGUACAUCACACUUCGUGGUGAUGUUCACCAAUGCUGGAGGCUUGGGGUGCAGUGCCUACAUCUCGCAAUCAACUAUAAGUGUCAGGUCUUUGUUAAGAGAACAUGAUGUAUGCUUCUCUAUGCCACUUUGCCAUUCCAAAGUGGAGCAGGUUGCCACUGAACAUCUGGUUGAGCUUGCAGCGAUUAGGAGGGAAAACUUGGGCCAGGUUCGGAAUCUUAGUUCCUUGGACAAUGUUGAUAAUACUCCAGAAUCCUUACUGGCCUUCAAGGAAAAGAUACAUGUGCAGGGACUGUAUGAUUUCCUGUUAAAUUACAGAUCUUCCUUGACCCUCUUGUCUGGAGUGGACGUUCCAUUACUUUAUUCACCUAUUCCAUUUCCAAAUGCUUCCCUUUCAGCUCCAGAGAUAAGUUGUGUGGAUAUGAAGAGAGCUGACCAUACUGCAGCAUCCCCUAAAGAUGGCUCAAAUGUCACUCUCAGCUCAAUCAUUGAAGUAAAGGGAACAUUUAUCCCUCCAUGGAUUGUUAGCCGCAUUUGUGCCCUCUUGAGCUGUGAAGCGACCAACUUCGAGGCGAGCUUUGCUACGGAACCCACUUCGAUUGGCUUGAAUGUUGUGAUUGAGAAAGUUGUCGAGGAAUCCAAAUCUGAUGCAGAAACCGUACAAGAAAGUGAUAGUAGUAGCGCUUUGGGCUUGGCCGAAGCAGUUGUUGCUCCUUGCGUGAGCUCAGGCUUUAUAACAGGGUUGAAGUAUAGGGAUAAUUCAUACUUGGCCUCCCUCUCACCAGCAUGAGAUGUUUCCUUUUGAAGUAAAAAAGGGAAGAGAAUAUUGCUGUUGUCAGUUCUUCGGUUUUGGUUUCACCAAGCGAGGCGUACGUCUGUAUCUCAUUCCUUGUAUUAUUCGUGCCGUUGCUGCAACUCAGGCACGAAUUGGUGCAAGUGCAAGUCGUACUCUUUUGACAUGUGAUGCAACAAUUCCAUCUUGGCAAACCUUUGUAUGAGAAAGUAAAAGGGAAGCAUUUCCAAAUCGCAGAGAAUGACAAGGUUGAUUAACGUGUG